GCCCUGCUGUAGGAACUCUAUGGUCCCGGCUUGGCCAUGCUGCGAACUCUCUCGGUCGCCGCGGCCGUCCGGUGCCCGCUGCGGCUCUCCCGGCCCUGCCCGCUCCCCGGCCCGCUGCUGCUCGGGCUCCUCUCCCGUCAGGUGCGGGAGGCGGCGGGCUCAGCCGGUGCUGAGUGUGGCUCGGUUCUGAAGACGCCCAAGGGCACCCGCGACCACCACCCCGCGCAGAUGGCGCUCCGCGAGCGGCUCUUCGGCACCGUGGUGGCAUGCUUCAAGCGGCACGGGGCGGCCGCCAUCGACACCCCCGUGCUGGAGCUGCGGGAAACGCUGAUGGAGAAGUAUGGAGACAACUCAAAGCUCAUCUAUGAGCUGCAGGAUCAGGGAGGAGAGCUGCUGGCCCUGCGCUACGACCUGACCGUGCCCUUUGCUCGUUAUUUGGCAAUGAACAAAAUCACCAACAUCAAGCGCUACCACAUCGCAAAGGUGUACAGACGGGACAACCCGGCCAUGACCAGGGGCCGCUACAGGGAGUUCUACCAGUGCGAUUUUGACAUUGCCGGCCAGUUUGACCCUAUGAUUCCUGACGCUGAGUGCCUGAAGAUAGUGCAUGAGAUCCUGAGCGAGCUGCAGAUUGGGGAUUUUCUCAUUAAGGUUAAUGACAGACGAAUUUUGAAUGGCAUGUUUGCCAUUUGUGGCAUCCCGGAGAGCAAGCUCGUAACUAUGUGCUCUACUCUGGACAAGCUGGACAAGAUGCCGUGGGAGGAAGUGAGGAACGAGAUGGUAGCAGAGAAGGGACUCUCACCUGAGGCUGCAGAUCGUGUUGGGGAGUACGUCCAGCUUCAUGGUGGCAUGGACCUGAUUGAGCAGCUUCUCCAGGACCCAAAGCUGUCCCAGAACAAGCUGGCCAAUGAGGGGCUGGGGGACAUGAAGCUGCUGUUUGAGUACCUGACACUGUUUGGCAUCACAGGGAAGAUCUCUUUUGACCUGAGCCUGGCACGAGGCCUAGAUUACUACACAGGGGUGAUCAUUGAGGCUGUCCUGCUGCAGCAGGAGAAUGACCAUGGAGAGGAGUCAGUCAGCGUUGGGAGUGUGGCUGGAGGCGGUCGCUAUGAUGGUCUGGUGGCAACAUUCGAUCCCAAGGGGCGGAAGGUGCCAUGUGUGGGGAUCAGCAUUGGGAUUGAGCGGAUCUUCUCCAUCCUUGAGCAGAGAAUGAAGGCUUCAGGGGAGAAAGUCCGAACGACUGAGACACAAGUGAUGGUGGCUACACCUCAGAAACAUCUACUCAGUGCAAGACUGAAGCUCAUCUCUGAGCUCUGGGAUGCAGGAAUCAAGGCAGAAAUGAUGUACAGGAAGGAUCCUAAACUGCUAAAACAGCUGCAGUAUUGUGAAGACAUGGGGAUCCCCCUUGUUGCCAUUAUAGGAGAGCAGGAGCUGAGGGAUGGAGUUGUCAAGCUGCGAGAUGCUGCAACAAGAGAGGAGGUUGAUAUCCCAAGAGAAGAGCUUGCUGCUGAGAUCAGAAGAAGGCUGGAGACCUGCACAACUGGAAACCCCGCUGCCCCCCAGCCAUUGCCUUCCUGCUAAAGUCUCCUCAAUAGCCACUGGGAUUAGGAUUGCAUGGCAGUCUCAGGCCAUGGCAGUGGGCAGUCUGCUCAGGAGGAGCAAGCAGGUCUCAAAAGUCACAUGUAGUGCCAUACCGUGGUUAACUGCUGCCGGCCAGACCGAGCUUCUGUGCUCUGGAACAGUGUGAUGUGAGGCUGUGCAGGGGGUUACUGCUGCUGGACGCGGUGGCACAGUGAGGGCAGGCAGAGGUGGCCCAGCAGGUCCACCCGGUGAAAGCCGAGCCCUUGCUUGGCUCGGGCAGGGCUGCCUGCACAUGGCAGCACCUCUGCCUCAUGGACGGGGCUGUGCGGCUGCUGGCGAACUGCAGCGCGGCCUUGAGAGCGCUGUGAGGGGCGGCCGCGGCGUGCAGCCGGGCAGGGGCUGAGGGCAGCGGGCAGCCGAGCCCUGCCUGUGGGGUCGGGUGAGGCCUGGCCCUCAGCGCCGGGAGCGCGGGGGCCACAGUGCACCUACACGGGGCAGGCGAGCGGGUGGGCGGCGCUGGGGCGGUGCUGGAAGCCCUUUGUACUGUUAUUAAAAAAUAAAACAACGAAAGAAAAGG